ACACAAUGAUGUUUACUGUUGAACAGAGUAGUACUCUCGUGAAUGAAGAAAACUAUUUUAUUCUGUUAUGUUCAUGUCGCUAUCUACCGACAAGACACAGGAAUGACAAGCAAAUUCCCUUAGAAUAAAUAUGACGUCUUCUGAAUGGUGAAUAGAAUUUCUGCAGCUGUUAUAAUUCGUUUCGUUCGAUUUUAAAUAAAUAUAGAUUUCCCCCUAAACUUUGAGUUUAAAAAAAAUUAUGUAUUACAUGCAUUGGAUUCGGACCUUUCUUUUCACUAUUAAAAGACUUGGCAACACAGGUAAACAGGGGUUUUUGUAGCGAGAAUCUGGCAACCACGCAUCGCGCUGCAGGGGGCGGGGUCGUGUAGAUGUCUUGCAGUCAAAACCGAUGGGGAUUUUAAACUAGAGAUAAAAUAACACACAAAAAAAGAAAGAAAUGAAGUCAAAUAAGUGUUAAACUGUCAUUCAGCUGCAUUUACGAUAACGAGUGUAUUCGAGGACUUAUCAGCUGACCGCACGGCUCCACUCGUAAAGGCACCAUGGGAAACACGAGCAGCGAGAGGUCAGGAGUGGGUCAGGGCGAAAAAGCCAACCGCAGGGACAGCCGAGGUGCUAAAGAGGGAGACCGGCCCAAAAUCCUCAUGGACAGCCCUGAGGACGCAGACAUUUUCCAUGGAGAGGAUGUUAAGGCUCCCUUAGAGAAGGAGGAGUUUUUAGCUUGGAGACAGGACCUCGAGUCUGCUGAUAAGGAGCUCUUGGCACGACCCACAGUGUUUCGUUGGACCGGUGCCGGAAAAGAGGUCUAUGUUUCUGGAUCUUUUGACAACUGGGCAAAUAAGAUUCCUCUAACUCGGAGUCAGAACAAUUUUGUGGCGAUCGUGGACUUGCCUGAAGGUGAACAUCUGUAUAAGUUCUACGUGGACGGACAGUGGACCCACGACCCAUCCGAGCCUGUAGUGACCAAUCAGCUCGGAACAAUCAACAACAUCAUCCAGGUGAAGAAAACCGAUUUUGAGGUGUUUGAUGCUCUCAUGGUGGACUCGCAGAAAUGCUCAGAUAUGUCAGAUCUCUCAAGCUCUCCUCCUGGGCCAUAUCAUCAAGACGCUUACAUACCCAAACAGGACGAGAAGUUCAAGUCUCCACCCAUCCUCCCUCCUCACCUGCUGCAGGUCAUCCUCAACAAGGACACAGGCAUCUCAUGUGACCCUGCUUUACUUCCUGAGCCCAAUCAUGUGAUGUUGAACCAUCUUUAUGCUCUGUCCAUUAAGGAUGGAGUAAUGGUUCUUAGUGCCACACAUCGCUAUAAGAAGAAGUACGUCACCACCCUGCUGUAUAAACCCAUCUGACCCCAGCGGCUCUGCUCACGAAUUCUACCACGAAUUCUAGUUGUAUAUGUUAACUUUAGGUUUAGGUGUCUUCUCAUGUCUUUUAUUGUUUUUUUAUUAUUAUUAUUAUUAUAUGUAAUAUACGUCGGCACUGGUUGCCAAGAGAUAACCAUGUAGAUUUUUUGCUGUCAAGAGAAUAUAUUAUAAAUAAAAAAACAACCAGAUUGGUAUCCAUAAGUGGUACGGAAGAGACCAAAAAUAUGUGUAGGUUCAGGCAUUUCUCUUGUCUAUGUGCUCUGUGGUAUAGCUGCUGAGUUACUGUUACCACCUUAAAGUUUAUUUCCCAAUAACCGUACCUCUUGAAGUGUUUUAUUCUUCUUAUUACCAAGUAUUACACGAAUGUAUUAAAGACUGACACGUACUUUUUUUUUAUUUAUAGAUACAUUUAUGUUGUGGGACGUGUUGUAAAAAACACAAAGCAUAAACUCCGCAGUCUUUACCUCUGACUGUUACACAGCUCUGACACUAGAUAGUCCUUAAAUAAAUAAUAAAAUAUAUGGUUGACGGAAAUCAUUACCUUAUUGACGUCGUUUGAAUUCAUUUCGGUGAAGCAUCCGCCAUAAAGCUGCUGUAGUAUCAUGUAAAAUCUCAGAUAAAGGGAUGAAGGUGACUGAAUCAGUGCUGUGUCGGAUGUGAGAUGAAUUUGGUGAAUGUUCGCAAAAAAAAAAAAAUUAAGAAACAUUUAUUUGAUAUUUGAUAUUUCUAUAUUGUUUUUUUUUUAAAUACAUGACUAAUUAUUUACAGCAGUAAUGUCUCAUUUGAUUUAUUUGUACAGCAUGAUUGUGUCUUACUGAACGCUAAUGUAUACUCUAAAAGGAAGAGGAUCAAAAUCAGUUGUCAAUAAACUUUAUUUUUUAACACCCUUA